CGCUGACUGAUUAUCGUGCGAGGGAGAGAGAGAGAGACGAUGAGCCAUGACGACGUAGGGAUGAUGAUAUAGACCGGGACCGCAGGGCUCGCGAGAUGUAUGGGCGAGCUAGGAGAGUGGAUGAUUACUCUCGUAGCCCUCGCUAUGAGGCUGACGGGGGUAGAGGCGACUCUCGAGGCCGGUGGGAGUCGGAUCAGGGCCGGCGAGAUGGAUACAGGGACGACAAAUAUGAGAGAUCAGACCGAGAUGGAUAUAGGGACGACAUAUAUGAGAGAUCGGAUCGAGAUGGAUACAGAGGAGGCAGGUAUGAGAGAGCAGAUCGAAACGGAGACCGACGAGAUGACUCGCGCGGACGGUAUGACCGCGGGGGAUUCACUAGGGCGCAGCGUGACGAUUCGCAGGGAUGGUACGACCGAGGAGAUCGCUGCGAUGAGUCGCGCGGACGAUACGACCAUGGAGACCACCGGAAUGACUCACGGGGACGAUAUGAGCAAGGAGGAUCUGGAGGAGACCGCCGCAAUGAUUCGCACGGCCGGAACGAGAGAGGGGGAUUUGGCGCGUCAUCCGAUCCGCAUACAAAGUUCCCUGACCCCAGAGCAGCGAGAGGUUUGACCUCCAGGGGCGCAGACGACAGGCCACCCACUCCAAGGAACUCUUGCAUCUACUGUAGAGGAGAUGAUCAUAUCAAGAGAGACUGUCCGGAUCUCAAACGGACAAUAGAUGAGGGACUUGUCGUGCUUGAUGACCGCAAGUAUGCCAAGUGGGCUGAUGAUCUGGGAGACGUAUCAAUGUUCCCUUCGAUGAAGGGGAAUGUUGAAGCAAGGAGAGUAAAGCCGAGGAAAGGAAAGGAGCUGGUUAGGAGCCAGAGCAUCAAGAUAACUUUCGAAGGAGAUAUGGCAACCACACCCAUAAGGGUGACAGCUACCAAGUCAGCGAGAGGGUCUACGUCGAAGAAGACUGACACGGAUUACGUGAUGGCGGAGAAGGACGGACAACGGAUCGAUGGAGAGGAGGUGGCCCCUAAGGAGGAUGCUCCUACUGUAGCAAUAUCGGAGGUGACUGCCAGAGCAGAUCGCAUGGCAACAGUCCUUCUUGAUGGGAUGAAAGGUGUGCCUCCAGACAAGUUUUACAUACUUGGUAGUGGGACCGUGGAGGCGACCCUAAACGACGGAGCGGUACUAGAUGCUGUGAUCGAUAACGACAGUGAAGCUGUCAUUAUAGACGAGGAUCUGGCAGAGCAAGUUGAACUGAGACUCGAUAGUUCAUACUUAUUCGAGAUAGAGACGGCUGAUGGGAGAAAGCAACAAAUCACAGAAGUUUGUCACAAGGCAGCCAUAGAGGUCCAAGGGGUACGAGUGACCCUGCCAGUCUUUGCAGUGAAGAACUGCAGCUCUGACCUGCUCUUAGGACGGACGUGGUUGAGCCACGUGCAUGCGGUGACGAUUGAGCGACCGGACGGGAGCCAUACAUUGUCCAUUAAGAAGCUAGAUGGGACGCGGGUAAUGAUUGAGACGGUGGAGCCUCGAGACCCGAGGAACAGGGCAGCUCUCGCUGUAGGAGCAGGACCCAGUAACCGGAUUAAGUCAUUACCUAUCUCCGGCCGCGCGGUGCGAUUUCGCGAGAAGAAGUAUGGACCUCUGCUCACAGGAGAAGAAGGUCGGAUCGUAGAAGUGGAAGAUUUAGGGAGUCGCGUGAUAGUGGACGACAACUCGUAUCCAAAGGAGGCAGAUGAGGAAUUUGGCGGCAUGAUAUCUGUGUCUUUUUUAAGGGCACAGCCCCUUACGGGGGGCGACCAAAGAGACACAAGACAGUAGCUCAGAAGGUUAAGCCAGCGGCCGUA